GCUGCCACGCACCAGCCCUGCCAGCCAUGGCAUUCGCCGCGCGGAGGAGCAUCGCCACCCGACUUUUCACCAUCUCACGUGAUGCCUCCAUCCUCGACCUCAAGGCACAUCUCUACCUCACCCAGGAAGUGGACGAAAUCCCACCGCCCUAGUGCCGUAGCGGCCACUGCAACUCUGUGGCUUUGCCAAGAACAAGGAGGAGCAGUGGCAGGCAAUGUCCUUCCUUUUAUUUGGCCGGGGGCUUCGAAAUUAUCUGGAUCCGCUACUGUCACGGACCCGCGUUUCGCCAUGGGCAGAAUUCGGUGUUGCCUAAUCGCCGUGGCAGACAACCAGAACUGCUUUAACACCACUGACCGGGUGGCGACCUGGUGCAUGAACUGGGCGUGCAAGUUCGGCUGCCUGAUUGACGCCAAGCAGUACCAUACCAAGUACAAGAACAGCUGGUGCGAAGGCUUCGGGAGAGGCGUCUGUCACUGCCAGUUCUGCGACUGAUUCUCACGAACAGUCAUCUUGAAAUAAAUAGAUCAUCAUGUAAUAAAAGCCCCGUGGUCGUACAAUAUAAUUUUAAAAAUGCCGAUUGUAGGGAUGGAAUCAGAUGGAAAAUGUUGUAGUGAUUAAAGGCCCCUCUGCCUUUGGCAAUAGUAUAAUGUUCUGCGCUUUGAAACAAACACUGGCUACCCUUGGAAUGAUUUGGCGGACGAUCUUUA